AUGUUUACGAAAUAUUCACACCAUAAUGGUUAUCAGGAUGGAAGUCAUUUACAACCUUUUCAAUAUCAACAACAAACUUAUAAUCAACAAUCAUAUUUGAGACAACAACAACAAGCACCACAACAAAUUUCUUAUGGAUUUAAUCAACCAAAUUCACCAACAUCAUCAUCAUCAACACCAUCAUCAUCAACGGCAAUGGGAAAUUCAUUCCAAAAUCAAAGACAAAUCAAUUUACAACAACAACAACAACAAGAACAAUUUUUACAAGAACAAGUUUUUUAUCAACAACAAUUAUUACAACAACAAUCACAAAUUAAAGAACAACAACGACAAAAAGAACAAAAACAAAAAACAAAUAUUUUAAAUAUAUAUAAAGAGGGAAAACAAAAAAUUAUGAUGUCUUUUUAUAAUCUUUAUAGAAAUUAUCCAACGGAGCCUCCACAUUUUUCACCCUCACCAAUUUGGUUAAUGGGAAGGUGUUAUACCUCAAAAGAUAAUAAUAGUAAUAAUAAUAGUAAUAAUAAUCAAGUACCACAGACCCAACCAACACAACUUCAACAAUCUAUAGGUAUUUUUCAAAAUAACAAUAGUAAUAGUAAUAAUAAUAAUAAUCAUAAUAAUAAUCAUAAUAAUAACAACAACAAUUUAACUACAGAUCUUAUAUAUAGACCAGCUAUAGAAUCAGGAUUUUUAUCAGAUGUAGCUUCAAUGAUAUGGUUUAGUUAUAGGAAAGAUUUCCCACCAAUAGAAAAUACAAAUAUUACUACAGAUAUUGGUUGGGGUUGUAUGUUAAGAACUGGUCAAAUGAUAUUAGCUAGAGCAUUAAUUAAACAUCUUUAUAAAGAAAAUGAUAUGGUACCAGAAAUAGAAAGAAAGAAACCACAUUCAAAUUAUAGCCAAGUGUUGGCAUGGUUUAGUGAUUAUCCUUCAAAGGAGCAUGUAUAUGGUAUACAUCAAAUUGUAAAUAAAAAACAAGCAAUGGAAAAGAAUAAUAGAAAACAACAAAUUUUAAGAGAACAAGUGAUUUCAUUAAAUCGAGGAGGAGGAGGAAGUUCUAAAGGAAAAAAGAAAAAAGAAAAAGAAGAAGAGAUAAAUGAUAAUGUAGAGGAAUGGUUAGCUCCAACUAGAAUUUCAAAUAUUUUAAGACAAUUAAUUAAAUUUCAACAUUUGGAAGAUUUAGAAAUGUACGUUCCAACUGAUGGUGUCAUAUAUAAAGAUUAUAUAAAUAAUUUAUGUAAUAAUAGUAAUACACAUAAUCAUUAUCAAAUUAUUCAACAACAAUUACAACAUUUAAGAGAACAACAAAAUAUUCAACAAAAUAAUAAUAAAAAUAAUAAUAACAACAACCCAACAACCACAACAACUACAACAACCACAGCAACAAGUAGUAAUAAUAACAAUAAUCAAUCACCACCAUCUAGAGUACCAAAUGGAUAUAAUAAUCAAGUAUUUGAUGAUGAAUCAUUAUUUGACUAUAACACAGCUAUUAGUUCAAUACCACCAAAGUGGAAAUCAUUGAUUAUUAUGAUACCUUUGAAAUUGGGUGCAGAUAAAUUAAACUCAACCUAUAUUGAAAAAUUAAAAUUAUUAUUAAAAUUACCACAAAGUUUAGGUUUUAUUGGUGGUAAACCAAAACAAUCAUUUUAUUUUAUUGGUUUUCAAGAUGAUCAAGUCAUUUAUUUAGAUCCUCAUUUUGUCCAAGAAAGUGUUAAUCCAAAUUCAUUCGAUUAUUCAAAUACAUAUAGUGGAUGUAUACCGCAAAAAAUGCCAUUUACACAAUUAGAUCCAUCUUUAUCAAUUGGAUUUUAUUGUAGAGAUCAAGCAAGUUUUGAAGAUCUUUGUGAUAGAUUAUCUGUAAUUAAUAAUUGUGAAUUUCCAAUCAUUUCAGUUUGUCAAAAGUUACCAGAUUAUCAAAUCGAAUGUGAAUUGGUUGAUGAUUAUGCAGAGAGUGAAACAACUGAAAUGCUUGCAAUCACUAUUGCAAAUGGUGGAAAUAAUCAUUCUUGUAUUCCUGAAAAUAUUGUUGUUGAUGAUGAAGAAUUUAUAGUUCAUCAUCAUAUUCCCUAUAAUCCAAAUAAUAAUCAAAAUAAUAAUCAAAAUAAUAAUAAUAACAACAACAAAAACAACAACAACAACACUAACCAACAACAAACUCCAAACUAUCCACCAAAAUUAAAUACUUAUCAACCUGAUUUUUCUAGUGAUGGUGAAAUCGAUGAUUUUACAAUGGUUGGCUAA